AUGAACCAACUGUUCAGGAGGACUUUGCUCGUGGGACUCACCAGGAGGAAACCACCCCGGCUCAACCACGCCUACUCGACUGGCCCCAACUCGAAGAGAACAGCCGCCGGCGCAGGACUGAUACUCGGGAUCCCACUGACGGCCUAUCUCAUCUACCGAGCAAACACACAACCAGCCUACCCGGACGAAAUCCAGCGGCUACUGAGACAGGCGCUGAUAGCCGAGCACCGAUCAGACCACCGGAAAUCGGACAUCCUUUUCAGACAGGCCUACGAGCAAUCAAAGCAGCUCGUCCGGUCUGGAGAGCUUGACUGGCUCAAGAGCUCGGCGGUUGCGAUCAGGUGGGCGGCUUCCUUGGAACAAACAGCCAGGACGGACCGGGCAAUCGAGGUCUACCAGCUCGUCUUCGAUGACUUGCGGCUCGCUCUGCCCGGAUUGUCUGUCCAUGAACGACUCAGGACAAUCGAGAUCGCCCAGAAACUAGGCCAGCUGCUCAUCCAUCACAGCCCCACCCCCCCUGGAAAACCCGCCGAGUCGGUCGAGAUAAAGAUCGAGGAAUGUCUCGUCUUCAGCGUCGAAGAAAUCCUCAAGAUCCGGAACGAAAAUAACAACUUUGCUCUCGAUUCUGAUGAGCGUCAGCAAAUGUUGCCUGUCUCCGAUCAGUACCAAGAACUCUUCGAGUCUUUGCCCUCGUGGGUCGCAAGACUCCAGUUUGCUAGCUGCUUUGAAGCCCUUGGCAAGUUCUACGCCCAACGAGGUCAGACCGAUUUUGCCUUACCUCUAUAUCUGCAAACCUUGAACCUAUUACUUCCACCACAACAAGACAGUGGAAAGAAAUGGAACAAGCAGGGUCCGACGGACGAAGAGCGGUGUCAAGCGGCGACGGUGAUGAACAACAUCGGCCAGCUGCUGUUCGCCCAUUCGGUGACGGACGCGGGAGCGGCGGACGGCGGUAGCGACCGGCUGCGUCUGAACGCCGCCGAUUGGCUCGGCCAGUCCGCUGCCCUCGCCCGCCGGGUGCUCGAUGCUCACCAGCAGCUGCCAGCUCUUGAUCAGCCCCGCCCGCUCGACACCCCUCCCAACGGAUUCUUGGCCGAAUGCCAAGAGGCCUUCGUCGCCGCUAGCGCUAACCUUAAAUCUCUCAACCACCCCCCCACGUAUGCUUGCUUAUUCACAUUCAAUCGUGUGUGA